CCAGUGCAUGUGGCGCGACAGUGUGGCCACGCUGGCGGCCCGAGCCAGCGUUGCGCUGCGACGGCGAUGACGUGGCCCUCCCUGUCGCGCCACAUGCACUGGCGCGACAAGCCUGUCGCGCCAUGCGGGCUGGCGCGACAAGGCCAAUGUCCUGGGCCGCCGGCCCCUUCUCCCCCACCCUCCCUUUCCUUCCCUCGCUCCACCCCGACCACAGCGCGUCUAGGGUCGCCGCCGGCCGCCGCCACCCCCCAGAUCCCCCCCAAAAUCGGAUUUUUUGAGGGGAAAAGGUACGGGGAAUCGUUCCCCACCCUUCCCCGAAGGUAUAUCCCCUAAUAUCUCAUCGUUUAACAGAGGAAGAGAAGCAAGAAGCUGUUAUAUAUCGUGUGAACAAUCCUCCCAAAUGUCAUUGCGGUGUUCGUGCCAAACUUCAAAGGCCUAGUAUUGGUGUCCCUCCAAAGUUCACUCCCUUUUUUAGAUGCUCGCUAAAGACUAGAUUAAGUGUCAUGUAGCGUAGCAUUGAUUCUUUAAUUUUGCAGGAGUAGAUGCUCGCUAAUGUUAUGUGUCAUGCAGGAUGGAUGGCCGGCAUGUGACUUCAAUGAGUAUAUUUAUGGUCCUAGAUCUCAUUGGCCGAUAGAAGAGGAAGUGCGAGAAUUUGAGAGUGGGAAGAAGCCAUGGCCAUGUACAACUACUCCUAGUCUUCGAUGCAAGUGUGGUAUCCUGGCCACAAAAGGCGUAGUUCCUUCUGAGCUUGGCUACGGAUAUUACUGUGGCAAUAGCUACGGAGAGUAUUGGGAUGGAAGGACAUGUGAUUGGGAGUGGUUCGAAGGCCGGUAUGAGCUAAUGUUGCAAUUGGGCAGAACAAAAGAGCCUUGGAAAUCUCGAGACACUUUAAAUAGAAAACUGAAGAUAAGGAAGGAUUACCAAGUUACUUUGCCCCUUGAGUCAUUUCUGUCAGGGCCUGUACUCCAAUACCUACGGCGUGAGUAUGGAAAAAAGACAACAGAAAAGGCGACUCUUGAGGAUUGCAUUGUUUAUUGGAGGAGGAACCGAAGCAAGUACCCACGGCCCCUCACAGAUAGGGAGCUUUUGGCAAAUUAUGAGAAGAAGGAGAAGGAGGAGGAGAUGGAGAGGCAGAGGUUAAGGGAGGAAAUAGCAAAAAAAGGUUUUACUGUUGAUCCGGAAGCUAAAUACCCAAAGGGUUCAUGGGAAGAAUAUUUUCAGAAAUUGGAGGCUAACAAAAGGAUGGAAGAAAUGGAAAAGAUGGAGGAUUUAGCUCAGGAGGCUCAGAUGGAGGCAAUGCAGGCCCUAGUUGCCGAUCUGCCACACAAGGUGCCCAACGUUGAGAAGGACGUGUCAUCCGCGAGCACGGAGGUUUUGGGUGUUAGAGCUACUCAAAUGGAGGCAAUGAAGGCACUUGUAGGAGACUUACCUGCCCAGGAUCACCCGUCUGACAGGAAAGGAAAAGCAGUGGACACACCUGUAGUCGAUAAUCAAGGGAACAGUGCAGUGCAGGACAAAGGGAAGAGUGCUUCUGAGCAUGACCACGUUACUGAUAAUGGAGAUGAUGACGAGUGGUGGUCAAUGAAUGCAGAUGAAGUAGAAGUCAUAGUGUCCCAAAUUGAGGUAAGAGAGGGGAAAACUGUAGUCCAAGAUGAUGGAGAUGAUGAUGAUGAUGAUGGUUGGGGAGAGCUUUUGAUUGAAGGCGACUCUGAUUAGCUUGUUUUAUUUAUAAUUGUAUGGACUCUAUAUAUGAUUGGAUUAUGUGUGUGACGGACUUUUUUUAUUGCUGGACUAUUUAUGUGCUUUACCUAUUCAUGUGGUUGUCGUAUGUGUAUGAAACUUUAUUUGUAUUUUCGAACAUUGUAUGGUUAUGAAAUUAAGAAUUUAUUUAGUUUGUAUCGUGUGCAA